AUGGGAAGUCAAGAAGCAUCUACCAUUAUGGAUCGCUGUCCGCCCAGCGGGCUGUCCAUUCUCAUAGUGGGUGGUGGAAUCGGUGGUCUCACGUUUGCAAUUGAGGCGUAUCGCAAGGGCCAUGAGGUCCGGGUUUUGGAGAAACGGCCAAGUUUCGAUGGCUAUGGCGACCUACUUCUGAUAGAAUGCAAUGCGCUUCAUACAGUCAAGAAAUGGCCUGGGUUCUACGACAGGCUCGAGGCCAUAUCCUACAAAACCCAGCGAAAUGUGAAGAAAUUUGACGGAACGUGGAUCGGGAGCUGGCCUAUUGGCAACGGGGUGAGCCGAUCUGCAGCCCUUAAUCGUUCUGAGCUUCAUGGCUUGCUCUGGGACUAUGUGCGGCAAAUGGGUAUCGAAGUGGACUUCUCGAAAGCGGUAGAUGAAUACUUUGAGACUGACACGCAUGGAGGCGUGGUAUUAGCUGAUGGACAGAGGCUGACAGCGGAUAUCGUCGUCGCUGCCGAUGGUGUUGGCUCAAAGUCAUGGCCUUUGGUCCUGGGAGAAAAGGACGUGCCGACCAGCUCGGGCUUUGCCUGUUAUAGGGCGACUUUCCCGGCAGGUCCAGCCCUGGAGAACCCGAUCAUUGCAAAAGAGUUUGAGGGCCAUGCAGAUCGCGCAUCGAUACACAUAGGCCCUGGAGCGCAUGUGGCAGUGGGCAAAACGGAAAGGCAGAUAUGCUAUAUACUGACGCAUAGGGACGACCACAAUGCUGAUGAAAACUGGGACAAGACCGUAUCCACAGAUACUGCUCUGCAGUACAUCGAUGGCUGGGAACCCUUUUUAACGGAGCUUGUCAAGGCAACACCAGGUCACCGUUGCACUGACUGGAAGCUGCUAUGGCGUAAUCCACAACCAAAGUGGGCUUCACCUAAUGCUCGUGUCAUCCAGCUUGGAGACGCUGCGCAUUCAUUCUUGCCCACUUCAGGGAGUGGAGCAGCAAUGGCCAUGGAGGAUGCGUACUCUCUGGCAGCCUGCUUACAGUUUGGUGGAAAGUCCAAUGCUCCUUUGGCUUUCCAUAACACGGACUGGGACGAGGUUGCCAGGAAUCCGGAUCUCCUCAGCAAGACUACUGCGGACUGGAUUAUGCGCCACAACCCAGAGCAGUACGCAUAUGAUAACUACGAUGCUUGUGCUCAGCAUAUUCUUACAGGGAAAGCGUUUCAGAACACCAAUAUCCCUCCGGGCUACAGUUAUAAGCCAUGGACUGUCAAGGAGCUUAUGGACGCUUCGGACAGACGCGAGCCAGUCAUUGACGAGGGCGAUUGGUCUUGA